AGAAGGCUCCAGAAUCGUGUCCCAGGCAGAGAGAACUGAAGUACUGGGGGCCUCCUCCACUGGGUCCGAAUCAGUAGGUGGCCCCGCCCCUGGAUUCUGGAAGACCUCACCAUGGGAUGCCCCCGACCUCGUGCAGCCGAGACGUGGAUGUUCCUGCUCUUGCUGGGGGAAGCCUGGGCAGUGUGUGGAUGCCUGGACCUCCUCACUAAGUUGUAUGCGGAGAACUUGCCGUGUGUCCAUUUGAACCCACAGUGGCCUUCCCAGCCCUCGCACUGCCCCAGAGGGUGGCGAUCCGACCCUGUCCCUCCUGCUGCAGGACACUCCAGGGCACAGGAGGACAAGGUGCUGGGAGGUCAUGAGUGCCAACCCCAUUCGCAGCCUUGGCAGGCGGCCUUGUUCCAGGGCCAGCAACUACUCUGUGGCGGUGUCCUUGUAGGUGGCAACUGGGUCCUUACAGCUGCCCACUGUAAAAAACCGAAAUACACAGUACGCCUGGGAGACCACAGCCUGCAGAAUAAAGAUGGCCCAGAGCAAGAAAUACCUGUGGUUCAGUCCAUCCCACACCCCUGCUACAACAGCAGCGAUGUGGAGGACCAUAACCAUGAUCUGAUGCUUCUUCAACUGCGUGAUCAGGCAUCCCUGGGGCCCAAAGUGAAGCCCAUCAGCCUGGCAGAUCACUGCAUCCAGCCUGGCCAGAAGUGCACCAUCUCAGGCUGGGGCACUGUCACCAGUCCCCGAGAGAAUUUUCCUGACACUCUCAACUGUGCAGAAGUAAAUAUCUUUCCCCAGAAGAAGUGUGAGGAUGCCUACCCAGGGCAGAUCACUGAUGGCAUGGUCUGUGCAGGCAGCAGCAAAGGGGCUGACACGUGCCAGGGCGAUUCUGGAGGCCCCCUGGUGUGUAAUGGUGCACUCCAGGGCAUCACAUCCUGGGGCUCAGACCCCUGUGGGAGGUCCGACAGACCUGGUGUCUAUACCAACAUCUGCCGCUACCUCGACUGGAUCAAGAAGAUCAUAGGCAGCAAGGGCUGAUUCUAGGAUAAGCACCAGAUCUCCCUUAAUAAACUCAAAACUCUCUGGUUC